AUGAGUGUUUGUUCUUUUCUCGCAAAAUGGCACCGUCUCCACAAGCCGCUGAAGCUCUUGAUUUUUCUGUUGGCCUUGCUUUCAGCUCUCAGCGACGUCCUCGGGGGCUCCGAUUCGGAUAAAUCCGCCCUUCUCGAGUUCAAGGAUUCAAUUUCCGACAGUUCUGGUGUCCUGAGCAGCUGGAGUAGAGGAAACCCGGAUUACUGCUCGUGGAACGGCGUACUUUGCAGUUCGGCCUCUCGGGUCGUCGCCCUGAAUCUCACCGGUGGAGGUAAUUCCUUAUCUUGUGCUCGAAUUGCUCAAUUUCCGCUUUGUGGGUUUGGGAUUAGGCGGCCUUGUGCCGGCAGCAAUAGUGAAGUCAAACUCUCCGGUAAGCUCUCCGCUGCUGUUUCUAAGCUCAGUGAACUUAGAAUCUUAUCAUUGCCUUUCAAUGAAUUGACUGGGGAGAUUCCUGUCGAAAUUUGGGGGAUGGAAAAGCUUGAGGUUCUUGAUCUAGAAGGGAAUUUUAUUUCGGGCUCCCUGCCGUUGACUUUUAGCGGGUUGAAGAGUUUGAAGGUUCUUAAUUUGGGAUUCAAUGAGAUCUCAGGGGAGAUUCCUAGUUCAUUGUCAAAUUGUGUGGGCCUUCAAGUUCUGGCUUUAGCAGGGAAUCAGUUAAACGGGUCUAUUCCCGGCUUUGUUGGUGGUUUUGGAGAUCUGGGCGGGCUUUACUUGUCGUUUAACCUACUCAGUGGAUCUAUUCCGGAUGAAAUUGGAGGCAACUGUGGGAAGCUUGAGCAUUUGGAGUUGUCCGGUAAUUAUUUGACUGGUGGAAUUACUAAAAUGCUCGGGAACUGUAGAAGUCUGAAAACCCUUCUGCUUUACUCCAAUAUGUUGGGGGGUUCUGUCCCGGGUGAACUUGGCAACCUGAGUCAGCUUGAAGUUCUCGAUAUUUCGAGGAAUAAUUUCGGCGGCACCAUACCAUCUGAACUUGGUAACUGCACAAAAUUAUCUGUCCUUGUGUUGUCCAACUUAUGGGACCCACUUCGAAAUGUCCCGAGCCUGGGGGAGUUGCCUUUCACCCCCAAUGAGUACAACUUCUAUGAAGGCACAAUUCCGAGCGAAAUCACUAGCCUACCAAGCCUGAGAAUGCUGUGGGGUCCACGAGCGACUCUCGGGGGACACAUUCCUGCCGGCUGGGGUUCCUGCAAGAGCCUGGAGAUGUUAAAUCUGGCAGAGAACUAUUACACGGGAGAAAUUCUUGAGUGGUUCAGCAGGUGCAGGAAUCUUCACUUUCUUGAUUUGAGUUCGAACAGGCUUAGUGGGGGCAUAGACCACCGAAUUCCUGUACCAUGUAUGGGUCUCUUUGAUAUCAGCGGGAAUUAUUUUUCUGGUUCGAUACCUGAAUUUAUUUACGGAUCAUGUGCUCCUCGAACUUGGACGGUGUAUGGGCAUGCGUUGUGGCCUUAUGAUCCUUCUGCUGUGUACAUAUCACAUUUUGGAUACAGAAAUCAGAUUGACUACUCUUUGCCACUUACUGAAAAUAGUGGAAGUUUCCUGGUAUUACACAAUUUUGGUUCUAAUAAGCUCACCGGGCCCUUGCCGUCGAUGCCCAUUGCGCCAGAACGACUGGGGAAGCAAACUGUUUAUGCAUUUCUUGCUGGCAAAAACAAGCUUACUGGAAAUUUUCCUGGGCCUUUUUUUGACAAGUGUAACCAAACGGGGGGCGUAAUGGUCAACUUCAGUCACAACGAACUAUCUGGUCAAUUUCCAGCUGAUAUGGAAACCAUGUGUGAGCCGCUGAUCCUCCUAGAUGCUUCCAGCAAUCAAAUUUAUGGAACACUCCCCCCUACCGUUGGCAGCUUAAAUUCACUUCUCGUUCUCAAUCUGAGCUGGAAUUCCUUGCAUGGCUUAAUCCCGAGCAACCUCGGCCAGAUGAAGAACAUGAGACGCCUCUCCCUGGCUGGAAACAACCUGCAUGGUCCAAUGCCUGCAAGCUUGGUCCAGCUGAACAAUCUGGAAGUUCUGGAACUCUCAUCAAACUCGCUUUCUGGUGAAAUUCCCAGAAACAUAUCGUCCCUGACCAAGCUGAACAUCCUUUUGCUGAAUAACAACAAGCUAACGGGGAAGCUACCCACCAUCUCCACCCUCUCUUCAAUCGACGUCUCCUUCAACAAUCUAUCUGGGACCCUGCCCCUUCUCCUGAAUGAUACCGGCAAUGACAACAGGAUCAAAUGCAACAGCUUUCUCGGGAACCCAUUGCUCCACUGUCCAUCAACCUCCCUAUCCUCGUCGCGCGCCGAUCAGCAACCGUGGGCCCCGCAGGCUGAUGCCGCCGCCUACUCCUUGCCGGCUCCUUCACAGCGUGGAAGACCGAAAGCCGGCAACCUGAAUUCAAUCGAGAUUGCAUCCAUUACCUCAGCCGCAGCCAUUCUUUCCGUCCUCGUUGCCCUCAUCAUCCUCUUCCUCUACACCCGCAGGCGGAGCCCUGUGCCGGGCCGAGGCAGCAGCAGGCCCAACAAGAGAGAGCUGAUCGUGUUCUCGAGUGUGGGCGCCACGCUGAGCUAUGAGGGCGUCGUUCGGGCUACAGGCGGCUUCAAUACGAGCAACUGCAUCGGCAGCGGCGGGUUCGGGGCCACGUACAAAGCAGAGGUCGCCCCCGGCGUGCUCGUGGCUGUGAAGCGCCUCGCACUCGGCCGCUUCCAAGGCGCACAGCAGUUUGACGCGGAGAUCCGGACCCUUGGCCGCCUCCGCCACCCAAACCUUGUCACCCUCGUGGGGUACCAUGCAAGCGAGUCCGAGAUGUUCCUCGUCUACAACUACCUGCCGGGGGGCAAUUUGGAGAAAUUCAUUCAGGAGCGGCUGGGUCGGGCCGUGGAGUGGCGGGUUCUGCAUCGGAUUGCACUGGACGUGGCGCGGGCCCUCGCUUACCUGCACGACGAGUGCGUCCCGCGCGUGCUGCACCGGGACGUGAAGCCGAGCAACAUACUUCUGGACGAGGAGUGCAAUGCAUAUCUGUCGGAUUUUGGGCUGGCGAGGCUGCUGGGGACAUCGGAGACGCACGCGACCACGGGGGUGGCGGGUACGUUCGGGUACGUGGCGCCCGAGUACGCGAUGACGUGUCGGGUGUCGGACAAGGCGGACGUGUACAGCUAUGGGGUCGUGCUGCUUGAGCUGCUAUCUGACAAGAAGGCGCUCGACCCGUCUUUUUCCACGUAUGGGAAUGGGUUUAAUAUUGUGGGGUGGGCGUGCAUGCUGCUGAGGCAAGGGAGGGCGAGGGAGUUCUUCACGGCCGGGCUGUGGGAAGUGGGCCCGCACGAUGACCUGGUGGAGGUGCUGCACCUGGCUGUGGUGUGCACGGUUGACUCGCUCUCGACAAGGCCUACUAUGAAGCAGGUGGUGAGGCGGCUGAAGCAGCUCCAGCCGAGUGAUGGGCGCAGGUAA